AUGGCCUGUGUAUCCAUAUCAUUCAAGGAUAUAACCAUAGACUUCUGUCGUCAGGAGUGGGAAUAUCUCGACCUGGUCCAGAGAACUCUAUACCGGGAAGUGAUGAUGGAAAACUAUGGUAACUUGGUCUCAAUGGCAGGACAUUCCAUGUCUAAGCCAGAUAUAAUUACCUUAUUGGAGCAAAGAAAAGAGCCCUGGAUGCUUGUGAGGGAAGAAACAAGAAGAGAGUGCACAGAUUUGGAUUCAAGGUGCAAAAGAAUCCACAUUGGAAAAAUACACAGUUAUAGGAAACCCUCAUCUGUUACUCGACAGCAUAGAAUUCAUAAGGGAAAAAAAUCAUAUGACUGUAAAGAAUGUUCAAAGGGCUUUAGUCGUCUUGCAGAACUCACAGUACAUCAGAAUACUCAUACUGGUGAGAAACCCAGUCACCGUGAAGAGUUUAAGAAGGCAUUUAGCCACCUUAACAGCCUUAAAGAACAUCAGAAAACCCAUACUCAUGAAAAACUUUAUGAAUGUGAAGAAUGUGGGAGGGUGUUUAGUCAUGCUGCAAAUCUUGCUCAACAUAGAAAAGUUCAUGUUGAGAAACCCUAUGAAUGUAAAGCGUGUGGGCAAGCUUUUAGGAGUAGCUGUCAACUUACUGUGCACCAUAGAUUUCACUAUGGUGAGAAACCAUAUGAAUGUAAGGAAUGUGGAAAGGCCUUUAGUGUGUAUGGACAACUUAGUCAGCAUCAGAGUAUUCACACUGGCGAGAAACCUUUUGAAUGUAAGAAAUGUGGGAAGUCUUUUAGGCUCAAAUCAGGUCUUAAAGUGCAUCAGAGGACUCAUACAGGUGAGAAGCCCUAUGAAUGUAAGGAAUGUGGGAAGGCCUUUCAUCAGUUUUCACAUUUUGUAUGUCAUAGGAGAAUUCAUAAUGGAGAAAAACCCUACAAAAGUAAGGAAUGUGGGAAGAUGUUUGAGUGUAGGUAUCAACUUACCAUACACCAGAGAGUUUAUGCUGGAGAGAAAUCCCAUGAAUAUGAAGAGUACAGGGAGGCUUUUAGUAGUAGCCGCAAACUUAUUACACAUCAUACAUUUUCUAGUGUUGAGAAACCAUGUGAAUGUAAGGAAUGUGCCGUGGUCUUUAGUGUGGCUGGACAACUUCCUCAACCACAGAAUAUUCAUAAUGGUAAGAAACCCUUUGUAUAUAACAAAUGUGGGAAACCCUUUACACUCAACUCAUCCCUUAAAAUACAUCAAUAUAUUCAUACUGGGGAGAGACCUUAUGAAUGUAAGGAAUGUGGGAAGGCCUUUGGUCAGCAGGCACACCUUGCACAUCAUAAAACAAUUCAUACUGGUUACAAAUCCUUCAAAUGCAAAGAAUGUGGGAAGUCUUUUUCUUGUGCCUCAUAUCUUGUUAGACAUGAGAAAAUUCAUACUGGGGAGAAACUCUUUGUGUGUCGAGAGUAUGGGAAAGCUUUUAUUUAUAGCCAUAAACUUACUAUACAUUGUAGAGUUCACACUGGUGAGAACCCUUUUAAAUGUAAGGAAUGUGGGAAGGCUUUUAGUGUGUCUGGACAACUUGCUCAGCAUCGGUGUCUUUAUAAUGGUAAGAAACCCUUUGAAUGCAACAAAUGUGGAAAGUCCUUUAGACUUAUUUCAAAACUUAAAGUUCACGAGAAUACUCACAGUGAUGAGAAACCGUAUGAAUGUAAGGAAUGUGGGAAGGCCUUUCGUCAUGCCAGAAGCCUCACAUAUCAUGACUGA